UGAGUGUCGCUCGUUUUCUCUCGUUGUUACUGCUACGUUUCUAGCUUCGUCGGUUCUGCGCGUUUACAGCUCUGCUUUGUAGUCGUGCCCUGACUGCAAGCGCCAGCUAUCUUGGCGACAGUGGAGGACAACUACCCCUUGCUAAUAUCCUCGACCCAGGGAUUGGACCCGGUGCAAUUGCCAGCCGCUCCUUUUAUCGUCUCGCAUCAACUCUUGAUCUGUCCCUCAGGAGUGCGACUGGUCUGAAACGCCUUGUUGUCACCCCUCUCUCCGGUAAUGGUAUGUGACCAUGCCGCUCUAGCGGCCACUGUGAAACUCGCUCUUUGAACGCCGCGCUCCUCGUCGCUUGUUGUCCGUGUUCUUUAUUCAUCAGUCAUUCUUUCUCUGGGCAUUGCUCUCUUCCUCCAGCGGAGGAUAAGGCUGUGUCUUGGGCUGGUCCAAGUUCAAUUUACACUCGGGCCGUGUUUUCGUUGCGCGCGUGUCCGUUGCUGGCGAGAUCGCCAAUUUCCUCGACGCCCUGGCAGGUCCAGAUCACGUACUGCUACAUUCACUUUACACACCAUGCCCUGCUUUGGGGAUCGAGAGAAGGGAGAGGUGCGUGUGGAAGAGAAAUGGGAUUACAUUAAUCUCAGCGACUUUAAAGCACGGUCCUGUUGGACGCCAUUCUCUUACUUCUUUCUCCUUUUUUUUCUCGUGAUAUCUGUCGCCGUCUACGCUGUAGACACUUUCACCGCCGUCAACCUUCUUGCCUUUUCCCGGUGGUCUGGUGAAAUCGAGCCUGCGAUACCGUUUAAAAUUUCCAGAUGGAUUUUUACAGUCUGCAUUCUCCUGUCCUUCGCUCUUUUAAUUGUACGCUGGGUUCUUGCCAUCCGCGCUAUGCGAUCCGGCAGCAUCGCUGAAAGCUACCUCAACUCUCUCGCUGUGCGCGUUGAGAGCAUUCGUGUGGGAAAGGCUCGCGGUUGGAAAAGGUUUCUUGUUUUUGCGGAACUGACAAAGAGUCGGAAAGGUGUUGAAUACGUCGCUCUCUUUGUGUACUUCUCCUUUGAAUCUUGGUUGAGAACGAUCUUCGCAGAUGGGCCACGCCAAGUUGUCAACGCGAUCACAUUGUAUUCGGUCAUGAGAUUGAAUCUACUCCCGGAAGGCGAACAUGCCUCCCAUGACGGCAAAUCCUCCUUUGAACAAUUUUUCGACAAUAUCAAAGCCAUGGGGGAGCACAAUGAACGGCAAGCUGUCGUCAUGUUCGCUAUGCUCUUCACGCUGAUCGUCUGGGUCAUUUCAAUUUUGCAACUAGCUGUGGCUGUCGUCUUGUACCUCCUGUUUCUCUUUCAUUACAUUCCUACUGGAGAUGGCUCUCUUAAGGGGUACUGCCGUCGAAAGAUAAACACAAGACUCAAGGAGAUCGUCCGACGAAAAGUCACCAAGGCUUUGAACAAAGGAGUGCCCCUGAUGGACCGAAAGCCUACACAACCGAAUUUCGGUCCAGGGGACAGGAAACCGACUCUCCCCACCCUUCCCUCCGUGGACAGCUUUGAUGGUGACAAGCUACCCAGAAUAAACUUGUCUCGAACAACAACCGAAACCACUUUGCCGCCAUACUCGCGUCCGGGAACAACACCACCCGACCAGAAUCCAAGCCUGCACAGGCAACCGACCAUCCCGGAUUUGACAUUGUCUGAAGACCAGCUACCACUGAAACGAACUGUCACUGAAGCUUCUGCAUAUUCCGAAUCGGCUUUUCUUACUGAACAGGCAGCGACAAUGGGAUAUAGCCCCAUUGAUCAUCGUCAACCCUAUGCGGCGCCUCCUGUUCCUCCAUUGCCAAAAGAGGGUCUGACGCGCUUCCAAUCACCGAUCCCCGGAGCGUCGACUGCUGAAUCGCGAUAUACGCCUGGUUACCGGCCAUCUGCCGACGGAUUCAGCCGCAGAAGCCCUGCAACUGAGAACCAGGGUCCGACCGGUAACUAUGAUCCUUAUACUACAGGUCCUAAUAGUAAUCGGCCUUACGGAGCGCUGGGUCCGGCAGCAGAGCCAAACGCACGGUCUUUGACCCCAAGAGGUGCCUGGUCGCCGCCAAAUGACACAUAUCCUGGUCGUACGCUCACCCCAACCAACCGCGCUCCUUCCACGCGUCCGCAAGCGGACAUUGACAUGGGAGACUAUCGAACAAAUCCAACCAGGUCUGUCAGUCCGGGCUUCCAAGGAUGUUCCUCUCGUGCCGAUGCCUACCUUCCAUUCGAUCCAUCAUCGGCAUACCGUGCACAGUCUCCAAAUAUUCGUCCCGGCACUGUGGCGCCGCCAAAUGGAUACGAUAAUCGUGGUCAAGGAUACUCGGCGUGGAACGGUACUCCCUAUCCAACGCGGUAUGGCCCUAGGGGGGCAUUUUAACAAUAUGGGCAUAAUUCAAAUGUCCUGCACACACCAAAGGAGCUUGACUUCGAUCCGGCUCUCCUUCAUUUUCCAACUGUGAUUAUUACAUUCGCUUUUUCUAUUGAUUUGGUUCGUCAUUUCAGCGAGUUCUAUUUCUCAGUCUGUUUUGUAGGCAUGCAUAUGAAGCAGCUGGGAUGCUUUCUUAGUUUCACGACGAGAUAAAAGAGUUUGGAGCUGAGCUCGGCUCUACCAUACCAACGACACGUUUAUAUUUUCUUUUACGAAUAUUUUCAUUAUCAAGCUGGCAUGAACGACGGAGGCCUCUUGAAAAUUAUACCCCAUUACCAACUUUUUUUCGAUAAUACCAUUCUCUUCGCUUCGCUAUUGUUCUAUGUUGAUUUCGCUCCUUGAUCGCGUACUGGUAACGAAGCCAGACGUGUUACAUUGAGCUUGUAUGUACACACACGCAUUGGAACACAGUGCGACUUGUUAAACUGCUAAAAAGACGCGUAGAGGCUUGAAUAUCAAAUCAAACCCCCUGGUCGUGGA